CGGAGCUCCUGUACCUGCACUGCAGCGUUUAUUCAGCCCCCACUCUCCGCCGUGUCUCCUCCGCGGCUCCACUGAAGCAUCACCGUCCGCUGCGAACAGGUAUGCAACAUGAGGGCUGUGUGAGCAGCAGCUGCAGCAGCCCACCCCCAGCUGAUGAAGACGCGGCGGUAAAGAAGAAAAAGAGAAGAAGGGGGAAUCUGAGGUUUGGUGACUGUUUGAUGAGAAACCCGCGCGUCUGCGUGUCCUCGUACGUGUGCUAGGUAACGGAGGAGGUGGACGUAAACAUGCAGUAAGUGACGGCGGCGACCAGGUAGUGUACUACGCAAGAGCGCUCCCUCCGCACCUCCUCACUGAACUUUACCCGCUGAGCUCUGACGCGAUGGCUGCUGCUGCUGCUGCCGCUCUGGGGGAAGUUGGAGGCGUCUUGCACGGCAUCGAUGGUGUCGCACAGGUCGGGUCUCAUUUCCUGCUGACCCCUCUCGGGGACAGUCCGACGCUGCUGGGGGAGCACCUCAUACCUGGGGACAGGCUCUCCCGGAGCACCACGGCGGAUUUAACGCACCUGAAAGGGAUUCUCAGGAGGAGACAGUUAUACUGCAGGACUGGUUUUCAUCUGGAAAUACUUCCGGAUGGCACAGUGCAAGGCACGAGGAAGGACCACAGUCGUUUUGGUAUUUUGGAAUUCAUAAGCCUUGCUGUUGGGUUGAUAAGCAUUAGAGGGGUGGACAGUGGACUCUAUCUGGGGAUGAACGACAAAGGAGAGCUGUAUGGCUCUGAUAAGCUCACAGCUGAAUGUGUCUUCAGGGAGCAGUUUGAGGAGAACUGGUACAACACGUACUCUUCCAACCUCUACAAACACGGAGACAAAGGGACGCGUUACUUUGUGGCAUUAAAUAAAGACGGGACACCAAGGGAUGGGACUAAAUCCAGGCGGCAUCAGAAAUUUACACACUUCUUGCCCAGGCCUGUGGACCCUGACCGUGUGCCAGAGCUGUACAGGGAUAUCCUGGGACACAGCUGAGACCCCGAGCCCUGGUCCAGUUCAGGAAUAGCUGCUAAAGCCCUGGCAGGCAGGGAGCAGAGAAGGGAAGAGGGACGCGGGCGUGGGGACGUGGCCGGUGCAGGCUGGUGGACAGCAGUCCGACCAGCAGGGAUAAAGGCACCGGGGCCUCUUGUAGGAAUGCACGGGCCAUCUCUCAGCAGCCAGGAAGACAGGCUAGAAUGUCUGCACACUCGGCAUGAGGGGGUCGUUUGUUUUAGAGGACGGACGACCCUAAAAAGUACCUGCGUGGAAUAGGAGACGAAUGGGAAACGGCGCUGAAUGGCCAGGGAGCAUCUCCUCUGGUGGGACGGAGACGUCAGCUGACGUGGAGUCUGUGGGAGCUUGUACUAUCAUGAAAUGGUACUAUUAACGUGGGUCCUGUGUCAGAGAGACGUAGUUUGUUCAGAAGGACUUUGAAGGAAUUCAGUUUUUUUUUCUUACCUGUGUCUAGACCUGUUUGAAAAGUAAGAAAAUGUAACAAUUUAUUUAUUCAUUUUAGAUACAUAUUAUAUUUAUGUUAUAUAUUUAUUUAUUGGAGAAUAUAUUUUUACAGUUAGAUACAUGCAAUAUAGAAAAACCACUAGAAACUGUAUCGAUUAUAUAAAGACUGAGACACUGUACCAUUAUGUCUUUUAUUCUGAACAAAGCUCAGCUAGUGAUAUACUGUAAUAUGACCACAACUAUGAAACAUAUUGCCAAAAUUUGGGAAAGAUCCCCACUUCUGAAAUGCAUUUAAUCACAAUAUGGCAACUGUGAAUUAAUUUUUUAAAAAUCUUUGUAAUGUUGACGUAUUAAUUCUAGCCGAACUACUGUUACAUGUGUUACAGGAGGAAUCAGAAGUCAACAAACUGAUAAUACAAACAAUAAAUUGCUCGAAUGUGAUCAAAAUGUUUUUUUGUCAGCCUGUGUGAUCGGAGAUAAAGAUAUUUUGCU